AUGUCGGGUGAGGGUUUGAAGAGGACACUAGCUGCUAUUCCCCUUCUCAAGACAAGGGCUGGUCCACGAGAUGGAGAUGAUUGGGUUACACGUUUAAAGGAGGAAUAUACUUCUUUAAUAAAAUAUGUGGAACAUAAUAAGGAAAAUGACAAUCAUUGGUUCCAAAUUGAAUCCAACUCAAAUGGGACGAGGUGGACAGGAAAAUGUUGGUAUAUUCAUGAAAUGAGAAAAUAUGAAUUCGAUGUUUGCUUCGAUAUUCCUGUUUCUUAUCCCGCAUCCAACCCAGAGAUAAUGCUACCGGAAUUGGAUGGGAAAACGGCGAAGAUGUAUCGUGGUGGAAAAAUUUGCCUCACUGAUCACUUCAAACCCUUAUGGACUCGAAAUGUCCCCAAAUUUGGUAUUGCACAUGCUCUUGCGCUGGGUCUCGGUCCAUGGCUUGCAGUUGAGAUUCCUGAUUUGAUUAGUAAAGGGUUAAUAAAACAUCCCGAAGAUGAGUGA